AUGGCUAAGAUCCUACACAAUGGUCCAUGGUUCAUCAAUGGCCACUUCUUAUCAGUACAACAAUGGAUUCCAAAUUUUGUGGCAACUAAGGCAUGCCAAAAUCACACAGCCGUCUGGAUUAGAUUACCCCAACUACCUACGAAAUUUUACGAUGGAAUCAUCCUCACAAAAAUUGGAAACUACAUUGGAAAACUACUGAAGGUGGAUGCAUGCACAUCUGCCACCUUGAGAGGAAGAUAUGCUCGCCUAUGUGUGGAAUUGCCAUUGAACAAACCAGUCCAGACCUCUAUCCUAAUUGGGCAACACGUUCAACCAAUCCCAUAUGAAGGAGAAGGAAGGAUCAGUGAAGAAGUAGCAGUCCCUGAAAGUGAAGAUACACAGGAGUGGAAAAUAGUGUCCUUUCCCAAGAAAGGUAAGAACAAAGUAGCCAAUCCACAGCAACUGAAGGAAGCCUACCCAAAUGACAAAGGUAAAAACGCACAUUUAUUGGCUUCAAGGCCAGGUAAGUCACAUUCCCCAGGUACGUCUCUUACAAACCUUGCUACACAAUUAGAUUCUACAUCAAAUUUAGCUACUGCUUCCUCUCAUUCUGCCUCCCAAUCAGCUAAGGGAAAAGAUACUAGCUCAGACACUCAAAUCCCCAUUGGAAAACCACAUUACAUGGGUAAUGGUGGUUUUCCUAAUAAACCACAUGAGAACAUUGUUCUGGAAAAUAAUGCAGACAAAAAAACUGAAAAUGAAAAUACUAUUUUGCAUGGCACUAAAGCCAUAGUCUCUACAAGUGGUCACUACGUGUCAAAAGAAGAUCUCACUCAUUAUGAAUCAAAUCCUUUGGCUAUCAAAAUGGACAAGCAAUUAACUAGCCCGUUAAUGAACUUCUUAAAACAAAAUAAUAUCACUACUUCUAUUACUAGCCAACCCAGGAUACUACACAACCAAUCAUCGGAUGGAAACAUUAAUCAACAAACUAACAAUCUAGAAACUCCCUCCACAAAUAACAACUCAUCCAUGCAACACAUGGAAGUUGAACAAUGCCAAGUGGCAACUACCAUAUCCAUGCAAGAUCCGGUAGAAGUUGAUAUAAACUACACGCAAAAAAUCUCUCAAACUACUACCCCAGAUCACAUCAUUACAAACCCUGCUACCCACAUAGUUACCUCCCCUCUAUAA